AACUCGGCAGUCAGUCACACAAGUAAAGCAAAAAAGAAAUUUGUGAAAGUUUAUUGGGUUGCUCCUGGAGAUGCACCAAAACAUGUACAGUUCCUAGCCACAGUUGUGAAGAAAUACAAGACUUUCUGGGUAAAGAUUCCUGGUGCCAUUGUUUCUCAGCCUAAUGCACCAUCCCCAACAACACCCUUUCAUAAAACAUCAGAGACUGUAUCUACUUCGCAUCCAAUUUCCUACUUAACAAAGCCAUUCAAUGCGUCAGGUUGUGGAAAUACCAAGUUCUGCGUUAGGAACCCAUCAAGCUGUGAUCCUGAAAGUGCAUCCUGUUUUUUUCUGUCCUUCCGACAAGAGAAGAGUUCAGUGCUCAUUGAAAUGAGUGGUCCCAGUGAGGGAUAUUUAGCCUUUGCAUUGUCCCAUGACCAGUGGAUGGGUGAUGAUGAUGCAUAUCUGUGUGUUAAUGAGGACCACCAUGUUAGCAUAAGCACUGGCUACCUGAAGGAACGAAGUCCUCCUGUUUUGGAUUCAGAGAACGCCCUUGAAGAUGUGUCAUGGAGGCUUGCAGAUGGUGUUCUUCAGUGUUCUUUCAGAAGGAAUAUUCAUCUUACUGCUCAUAAAGGGAGGUUUAAUCUGAAUGCCAGUUACUACAUCUUUCUGGCAGAUGGGGAAGCUGGUGAAGGAGGACUAAUACAUAAACAUCAUCGUCAGCCUCUGAUCACCAGUGGAACAUACAAUAUCACAGGCCUCCCACAGGAUAUUGGAGGCUCCCGCUCACCUCAACUUAUCAAGACUCAUGGUGUUCUAAUGUUUGUUGCGUGGAUUACUACAGUUAGCAUUGGUGUUAUUGUUGCACGAUUCUUCAAGCCUGUCUGGUCUCAUUCAUACCUGUUUGGAAAGGAGAUGUGGUUUCAGGUACAUCGUAUGCUUAUGCUGACCACAGUCAUGCUUACAAGCAUUUCUUUUGUUUUGCCUUUUAUAUACCGAGGAGGAUGGAACAAACAAGCAGGUUUUCAUCCAUACCUCGGCUGUACUGUGAUGGCUCUGGCAAUUUUUCAGCCCCUUAUGGCAGGUUUCAGACCGGCUCCACAUGCACCAAGGAGGCAAUUGUUUAACUGGUUUCACUGGAGUACUGGUACAACAGCUAGAAUACUAGCUGUUGUGACUAUGUUCUUGGGAAUGGAUCUACCAGCACUUGACCUCCCAGACCCAUGGGAUACCUAUACAAUGUUUGGUUUUGUAGCUUGGCAUGUUGGAAUUGAUGUUCUUCUGGAAAUACACAGCUACUGCCUCAUACGUAAAGUUGAAGUGAUAGAGGAUGACAGAAUACAGAUACUGCAGUCGCUCACAUCUGCAGAAGCAGAGGGUCACCUGUUUAAACAGAUCGUGCUAACCAUCUAUGUCUGUGGAAAUAUAGUGUUCCUCAUUGUCUUCCUGAUAGCAAUCAACCAAAUCUGAAAUUAGUCCAUCCAGGAAAGUCUUCAAGAGUUUUGCAAAGA